AUGGACUGUCGCAUAGGCGGCAUUCUUUUUUCAUCAAACUUCGACUCGGGAAAUCUAGCUCGUGUCGAGAAGGUCCUACGUGACCCAGACGAACCUCCAUCAUUAUCACUUCAGUCUAAUUCAAAACAACAACAGCAACUAGUACAGAAAGCCACUAAUAAAGCUAACAGUAAUAUUUUUGGAAAUUUCGCAAUAGCAGACGUUCGACCUGAUUACGAGUUCAGGAUGUGGAUUAAACCGGACUGCGCUGGCACUGCAUAUGCGAAUGGGAAUCGGACAUGGUUUUAUUUUUCUAUGCGCGGGUACAGUCCUGGGAAGAUUAUGCGGGCUACUAUAAUGAAUAUGAAUAAGCAAUCAAAAAUUUAUAGUCAAGGCUUUUCUCCGAUUUAUCGCGUCUGCAGUCCAUCAGUAGCUCAGUCUAGGUGGCAACGUAUACGUGAUAAGCCUUUUUGGGAACUAGUCAAUGGACAAUUUCUUUUAACAUUUAUACAUCGAUUCCAGGAUCCACGUGGGAGUAUUACGUAUUUUGCAUUUUGUUAUCCAUGGACAUAUAAUGAAAUGCAAACACAAUUAAAUAAAUUAGAUAGCAUAUUUCAUUACAAUAAAAAUGAAAACGUUAAUGUAAAUAAUAAAAGUUUAUGCAAUAAAUAUAAUACGAUGAAAUUGAGUCAAAUAAACAAUAAUGAUAAAUCUGAAGAUACUUGCAAAGGUUCACCAGAAUUAUUGACAUCAUUGAAUAUGAAUAAAACAAAAAUGAAUAAUGGUACCGUUGAUGUUACUCUGACUUCAUUUGCUCUAUCUUCCUCCCUUUCCUUCUCCUCCUCCUCCUCCUCAUCAUCAUCAUCAUCAUUAUCAUCAUCACCUUCUUCCUCAUCAUAUGAUCCAAAAUGUUUCCCAGAAAAUGAUUUAUUUGAUAAGAUUUAUUUUCAUAGAGAAUUACUUUGUUAUAGUUUAGAAGGAAGGAGAAUUGAAUUAUUGACAAUCACUGAUUGGUCCGGAUGUACUUUUGUUGAAGAGGAUCGCUUUGAUCCAUUAUUAUUUCCUGAUUUAGAUAAAACUAGACCAUGGAAAUUCGCAAAUAAAAAGUCAUUUACAUUUUGUUUAUCUCAUAUUUUAGGUUGUUUUGUUAGUGCUCGUGUACAUCCCGGUGAAACACCAUCAAGUCAUGUAUUUAAUGGAUUAUUGGAAUUUUUACUACGUAUAAAUGAUCAUCGUGCAUGUGAAUUACGUAAACAUUAUAUAUUUAAAUUAAUACCAAUGUUAAAUCCAGAUGGUGUAUUUCAUGGUCACUAUAGAACAGAUACUCGUGGUGUCAAUUUAAAUCGAGUUUAUUUAAAACCUGAUUUUCUAUACUAUCCAUCAAUUUAUGCAACUAAAGCUUUAAUUAUUUAUUAUCAUACAAACUAUGGAACAUUAAAAUCAUAUGCACCAUUUUUAGAUGAUAUUUUUAAGCAAAAAUUAUAUACUACUACCAACUAUUUUAAAACAAACUCUGAAAAUAUUACUAUCAAAAAUACAAAUAAUCAACCUCGUAUUAUUGAUAAAUUAUCACCUAACCAAACAAUUUUUCCAUGUGAAGGUACAAAACAGACAAAAGAGAAAAUAUUAUCUGAUUGUGAAACGAAAAAGCAAUUAACUUCAGAAAAUUAUUCGAUAAAAGAAUAUUGUACAACCAUUAAACAAAAUGAAGAAAAAGAAAAAUCACAUUUAAACUUUAUAAAUGAUCAUCUGUCAACUACGUUUGAGCAACAAAUGGAUAAUCAAAAUAUCUUCUUGACAAAAUUAUUUGAUACUGGAUUAUCAUCAUCAAUAACAUCAAACUCACCGUCGAAAACAGAUAGUCUUGCAGAAAAAAUCUAUCUUCUAAUCACUAAUCAAUGCGAUACAGAUUUAAGAAGUACUUCAAAUUAUUUUCAUACUAUUACUGAAACGAAUAAUUCACCACAGAAAACAUUAUCACGAUUAAACUAUUCAACGUCAAUUUCAACACCAUCUCAUAACACUGAAUUAAAUAAAAAAAUUUAUAAAAAUGUAAAACCUUCAAAACUAACUAGACUUCCAGUAACAUGUAAUACAGAAUUUGAUUCUCAAAAAUCUCUUGAAGAUUGUCAUGCAGCAUCCCGAACUCAAGAUGCAAUACCAAAAAUAAGUAAUUUAGUACCAUUAGUUACAAAACUUACUACAUCAACACUAAAUUCCAAUGUCGCAAAACAUUCAAGUUCAGAUGAUGGAAUAUCUAAAAAAUUUAGUAACCAAUAUAGACAUAGAAUAGUUGAACAAAAAACACAAAAUCAGUCAAAUUACAUUUCAUAUUUUGAUAAAAAUAAACGUCGUUCAACAUUAAAAGUAGAUUAUCUUCCUUAUUUUUUAAUGAAAUGGAAUAGACCAUAUGAAAAAACCAUAACAACCAAAUAUUUUUCAAAAUUAACUUUAGAAAAUUUGAACAUUGUUAAUACACAAAUUAAUUUAAAUAAUAAAAAUGAAAGAAAUGCUAAGCAACAACAUUUAGAAUCAAUCAACACUAUGUAUUCAUCUAAUAAAUUUAAAUCUUAUUUAAAACAUGAAAAAAUAAAAAAACGAAAAAUUAAUUUUAUAAAUGAAAAUAAUCCAAUAUUGAAUGCAAAACAGAUUACUUAUAAUAAUAAUAAUAAUGAUAAUAAUGAUACAAUGACUACACUUAUCCCAUUAGAAGAUACUAUAGAAUGUAAUUCCAAUUACAAUCUUAACACAAAUAAAAUGAUUGAAAAAGACAGUAUGAUAAUAAAGUCAACAGAUCAUAUAGUAAAUAAUGAUAGUAAUCAAAUGGAGAAUAUUUCUAAUGAAGAAGUUAAACAAUUAAUAAAUGAGGAAUUUUACAGUUUCGAUACAUCUCAUUCUGUUUUAGGCAAUGAAGGAUCAGAUUCAGAUGGAGAUAAUUACAAUGAUAUAGAAAGAACCAUUAUUGAUGAAGAUUUAUCAAUCAAUCCAUAUUAUGUAUCUAUCUUAGAAUCUAUUGAAAAAUUAGUUAGAAAAGAAAAGAAUCAAACAAUCGAUUCAAGUGAAAUUAUUAAUCCAAUAAAUAUAAUAAAUGAUCAUUUAAAUAUAAAUGAAUUAAAUAGAAUUCAAUUAUUAAAAGAACAAUUACAACAACUUAGAAAAGCUGAUCAUUUAUCGGAUAUUGAUUAUUUACAUAUUAAUCAAAAUGAUGAUAGUUCUGUUGUAUUUUAUUUUGAUUUACAUGGACAUUGUACAAAACGUGGUUGUUUUCUUUAUGGAAAUUGGUUAGAAAAUGAAAAUAAAAUGGUAGAUAAUGUUUUAUAUGCUUUAUUAGUUGGAGUGAAUUCAAUCUACUUUGAUUUCGAUUCAUGUAACUUUAGUUUACGUAAUAUGUAUCAAAAAGAUCGUAAAGGAACUUCAACUAAAGAAGGUGCCGGUCGUGUUGCAUUGUGGAAACAUUUAGGACUAACACAUUGUUAUACAGUUGAAUGUAAUUACAAUUCAGGUCCAUUACCAGGUCGUCUUUCAAGAUUUAUUGCUUCAGCGCAUCCUAAUGACAGUAAAUGUUUCACACCAAUAGGUGCAUUUUACGGUCCUUAUUGGUCUGAUAUGGUGAAUACAGCUAGUAGUCAAUCAUUUAACUUUAGUUUUAAUGCAUCUUCAAGUACAAGUCAUACUAGUCACAGUGGAAACCAAGCACUUAAUGGUAUACCACGUUAUACUCCAGCUCAUUAUGAAGACGUUGGUCGAGCAUUAAUGAUAACUAUAUUAGAUUUUAAUCAGAUUAAUCCAUGGCCAAAAAUUGCAAGUCUUGGUGGUUCAACAGCUGAGUCUAAUGUUGGUAUUCCUACUUUGUGGUCAUCGCUACCAGAAUUUCUAAAUAUUAAUACUUUGAGAGAAUGGGUACGGAAGUAUAUACGAGGGAUUGCACCGAACAACGCAAUUAAUAAACAAUUGAUAACCCGAAACACAGAAUAUCUUAUAUCAAAAGUUGAUGAUAUAAGCGAAUCACAAAUGGUUCAUAGAUCAUUAACGACUAACGGAAGUUCAAAAGAGUUAUUAAAUACUUCUUCUUUAUGUUCUGAGUUUACUCAAACUUCACUUGAUCAAAACGCAACGAACCUACUUACAGUACAAUCAGAUUAUAAAAAUCAUUCACACCAACUAAAUCCAAUUACCCAUAAUUUUAAAUGCAGUAAACAUCAAAAUGAGCAACCUCAUUAUGAAUCAGUGCAUUUAUCUAGUUUGAAUUCUGCCCCAUAUUCAUGUAUGUCAUCAACAUCAAACAGUAACAAAACGGUAAUAGAUGAAAGUCGUCAAGAAAAUCAGAUCUUAUCAAAUUUGCAUUAUGAUUAUUUAGGGAUGAAUCGCGAUACAACUAGCAAAACAAUAGAUCAAAACAUUGAAAAUGAUAAAAAUCUGUUAAAAGAUAAUACUAGUAAUGAUAUAAAUGAUCAAUUAACUUGUCAUAAGAUUGAAAAUGAUAAAUUAUUGAAAAUUAUAUCUGAAGAUAAUGAAGUAAUUAAUAAAAAUUGUACAACAAAUAAAAAUAAAAUUCAUUUCUCACUUAAUGACAAACAUUUAUUAAAUAAAAAAUUAAAUCAAGAAUUAAUUAAAACAACAGAAUAUAAUUCAUUGAAUAAUUCAUUAUUAUUAACAAAACAUAAAAAAUCUUUAUAUAAUAUUAAUAAUAACAUAUCAAUUAUCAAUAAUAAUAAUAAUCAAUCGUCAUCUAGUAUGGUCCUAUUUUCAUUGGAUAAAAUCAAUAAAUUUAAUAACAAAUAUAAAUUAAUAGAUAAGAAUAAUAAAUCAAUUCUAAUAAAAAAUAAAUAUUUUAAAAAGUAUUCAAAUGAAAAAACUAAACACGUCAAUUCGAAGAAAUUUAGUCUAAAUGAACCACGACAAGGUUCUACAAAACAUUCUAAUCCUUCUUCAAAUACGAAUAGUUCGAAUGUUAUCAAUACCAAGAACAAACCAUUUUCAGCAAAAUGUCAACGACUGCAAAAGUCGAAAAAUGAUAAAGUAUUCAGUGGGAUUAUCAACAACUCAGUAUGUCAUCAAAGAUUGCGCUCAUCUAGACUGAAAUCAAUAAAAACACCCCAUUAUGAAAAUAAAUUACUAACUAAAGAUCAUGUUGGAAAAGACAACAAUCAAACUUAACCUGCACAAAUAAUAGUAAUAGUAAUGAAGCAUUCUGUCAUGUUUUAUUGGGUGAUAGUGAUUUUAAUGUUACCACCGAGAAUAAAGAAAAUACUCUCAUUCCCUUGGUGAACCGGUCAAAUUCAUGGACAGAUUUAAGGAUGACCUUAAAAUCUGAAGAUUGUAUUAAAGAAAUUAAAGAAAUGUUUGAAUCAGUAACAUUGGACUAACCAGUUAGGAAAUCCUUAAUACACAAAUUAAUUUAUGCUUUCGUUGUACGUUCCUUGUAUCUUUAAAACAUUCAAAAACAGAUUUAGUUGCCUUUCUACAAUAUAAAGAAAUUAGUAGUCAAGAAUAGACAGUUUUCGUGUCAACUUCUCAUAUGUAUAUAUUCUUCACAAUGUAUUUGACAGUAAUCUCUUUUUAUUUUUAUUUUUCCCACUUGCUUUUCCUCCUUUUCUUUUCAUAUUUCUAUGCUACUAUGGUCAACA